UUUUGCAUUCAGAACGGCCAGAGCCCAACGUCUGGCUCGUUCUUCUCCGCUGCCUGUUCGCUGUGCGUAGUUGUUGGUGGCCUUCCCGAAAGGCAUCUGCCUUGUGUGUGCUAUUGCAUCGUGAAUCAAAAAAAGAAAAGAGUGCUGCGCGGCCGUGUGAGUCGCCCCGAAGACUGUGCUGUGCCUGGCCCGGCCCGAGGGAUUCGUCCGUGAAAAAAUUUCGAAAACAAAAGACACAAUCGGGGAGGUGCGAAGAAGCGGACGUCGUUCGUGAUCAAACGGCGCCUGCUACGCGCCACCACCAGCCGCCUUGGCUGCAGCCUCGUCGUUGUUAGUGGUGCGACGGCGGUGAAACCCAUCAAACGACCAUCCUCGAAAAAGAAAAGAGAGAGAGCCAUGGCAGAACGAGCCGACGAGUUGGACUCGUGGAUUACCAAUUGGGAGAGACAGUGCAUCGAGGAAGUCGAACGGGCGCCCGAUCUGGAGAGCCAGAUUCAGAACGAACGCGACACAUCGUCUCAAAAGCUGUGGCUCCUCUUUCAAAACUCGGCUACCUGCGUAGCGCAGCUGUACAAAGAUCGCCAGCACGGAGUGUCACUGUGGGUUCCCUUCCAAAACGCUGCUUCGAGCGUCACCAAUCUCUACAAAGAGUGCCUGGAGGCCCAGAAGCGGGUGAGCGAGCUGGGCUUCCAGUCGGGCUACCAGCGCCGCACCAAGGACCUGCUGGCGUGGGCCAAGAAGCGCAAGCGCCACAUUCGGCGCGAGGACCUGCUCGCCUUCCUGUGCGGCAAGGCGCCCCACCACCACCACCACUACCAUGGCUGGGCCUCGCCCCGGCCACGCCUCUCCCUCGAGCCCCGCGUGGCGGCCACUGCGCCGCCGUCUAGGUUGAGCCCUGCCGCCGCCGGGGAGCGGUCGGCCGUCGUGGGGGCGGACGAGGCCGACGACGUGGACCUGGACACGUUCCGCGAGGCGCUGGCCAUCUCGUCAGCCCUGGGUUCGGGCCGAGGCCACAGCGGAGGCAGCGUAUCGCCGCCCGGGUUCCGCAGUGCGGCCAGCCUGAGCAGCUUCAUCGCCGAGGAGUUUGCGCGCCACGUUGAAUCACGCAAGCGGACUGCUCCGGGAAGCGCGAGCCCCGGAGAUGUCGUGAUGGACUCGCCGACGCACAAACGGCCACGCCUCAUCUGAGUUCUCCUCCCUCGCCGCGCGCCAAAAAAAUAACAACAAAUUCCCCGCCGCUGUGUGCCGUCACAGGCUUUUUCUCCCACCUGCUUCAGACCAAGUCCCUGCAGUUGUGCAGAGUCAAAAACCCGCUGCCAAAAAAAAAAAAAUGAAAUAAGAAAAACCCCUCCUUCGGGAAGGAAGAUCUCUUGAGCAUCGCUUGUCGUCGUCUGCUGCAAAACAGUGUCGUGCAGUCGCAAAAAAAAAUGGAUGUGGUGAUGGCAGUGUGUUGCAGAGGUGGUGGUUUGUCUUCGUCGAGACUGGUUUGUGGAGGCCGUACGUUGUAAGCGACUUCGCAGACGUGGCAUUUUGCUUUGCAAGGCCACCGCCUUCGCAAGACUGCGCAUUGGCUGCCAUUGGGCGUGGACAUCGUGCAGACAGCCAGGAACUGAGGAUGGACUCCAACUUCGUUGCUAGCUGCUCGGUGGUUUGAUGGGAUUGAUGCAGACCGCAGCAUCGAUGGACAGUAUUCCGGCAGGAGCCCUCGCGGGCAUUCUUGCAUCUUUCGCAGAGCCCUGCGGCAUGAAGCAUUUGGCGGAAGUGAGUCCAGAUGGAAACUCGGCGAGGCGUGCUGGGAUCGACAAUGCUGCUUCGUCCUGCAACCUCUGACCGCUUGCCAAAUGACCGUGCCACACGCUGCGAGCCUGGUUUCUUCUAUGUGGCUCACGGUCGGUCCAUGCCUCUCAACAGUACAUGUAUUGUCGCACCGAUGUUGGCUGUGCAUGCAAAGUUAACUCGCCGGUGGUGAUUGGAUUCAAGGGGUUGGGGUGGGUCUCGAGCAGACUCGCACAGACUCGCACAGACUCUUGUCAGAGGUAGCAUAGCGCGAAGAAGUGUGUGACGGCAACAUCUGCGACUGGUCUUUUUCUUUUCGUCUUUUUUUUCUUGAGCCAGGUGAAACAUAUGCACCUUGAAAUAAGAGUUGGAAAGAGAGAGAAGUGUUGGCAGUGUCAUGAGAGUUUCUAUUUUUCUGUCAUUGCUGCCACCCAGCCUCUGAUUUGUUUUGUCUUUUUGAUAGGCAGUUUAGUUUACAUCGUAGGUAUGAUGGUGGGAAAGGUGCAACGAAAGGAGCAUCCUUUCUUUUCUGCUCGAUCGUGUGGUUGGGCAACCCUAGGUAGACCGGAGCUCGCAAAACGCGGGACUGUAUUAUAAUAAGAGGAAGGGUGCAAACAAAUGAAAGUAUAACGACUGUGCUGCCUUUUCGAAGCUUCGCUAGAAAGAAAAAAAUCGAGGCACUUCACGCAAGCCCACCGCUUCCUGCAUUGAUAUUGGGGAGAAAAAAAGUGUCCGACGUUAUGCAAAACAUGUCGUAUGUAGUAACAGGCCCCACGUAGUAGUAGCCCCACUUGUGUGUUCUUGGUCUAUUUGUAGUGAUAACUUUUUUUUUAAUUAUCUGGACGUAUCGGUCCCAACUCAUGUACAAGGUUUAAAGGAUUUCUAAAUGUAGCCACACUACCACGUUUAAAAACAUGCCAUUGUUAUCUUGGGUGACGCUUUUCCAAAGUUGAAGAUAAAGUAAGGCCACUGCAAGCAGUGUUGGUUAUCAGAUGGAGGCAAUAAGAAGACUGUUACAGAUAGGUUGCGAUGUGGCAUUUGCUACGACCCGGUUCAGCUGGAAUGAUGCUGCAAUAUGGCAUUGUGCGCAUUUUUUUUUUUUCCUUGCCUUAACGCUGGGUUCAUAUUCCAGUUUGCAUUUUGCCCAGUUUUGUAGGAGAAAAGAAACUUCUUUUCGUUGCGUUGUUGCAAGAUCUUGAUUUCACCGAGGGUCGCAAACCUUGUGUCCUGCUUUGAUAGCUGGAGCCCCUAUACAUUUUGUCGCUAGCUGUCAUUUUGUCUGAUUUAUUAGCGAACAAACAAAUGUUCUUCUUUUGCUGGACUUUGGCUCUCGACAAGUGCCGAGAGUACCAUGGUUGCAACCACGUGCAACCUGGUGUCACACUGUACGAAUAAUCGGCGAGUAGUUGAUAAGUAGUCGAGUUGGCAGUCUUUGAAGAUGGAGUGUUGCUGUUCACACUUGAGAGAGAAGUUACAGGAGCAUCCAGUCGCCUCGUUUUUAAAAAGAAAAAGAAAGCUUUGAUGGGCCUGUUUGGACACCAGAGCCAGCAAAUUGUCAUGCCGUCUAAGCGAGAUUUCGGGCUCUGCCAUCACCGGCCCACCUCGCAAGCACUGAAUUUGUGGUGGAUGGAAGUCACGAUUUGCCACUGUUUUUUUGUGGUUCUUUACGCGGCUUGUGUCGUAGCAUUGUACAGACUAUUCCUCACUCUUUACUACAUUUCUUUUUCAUGCUUCUGUUUCACUUAUAGAGCUGUGUUUAUUGCUCUGAGUCUGAUAUUUCCUUUUAUUUUUUAGAUUUGUUGUUGUUGUGAAGGAGAGUAGGAUUUUGUUGGUGUGUGAGUAGUGUCUUGUUGCGGCAGCGGGAUGUCAUCGAAGUGCUGGCUUGCGCCUGCGAGCAUGUCACAUUUGCCCUGCUCAAAGGGCACAGGUCAAAGGCCAGGUGCGUCUAGCAGGGUGCCACUCUGAAUUGUCGAAGAAAUGUUUUAACACCCCCGUAAGAAGGCGCGGGGGGGGGGGGGGGGGGGGGGAUUGCGAGGGAAGCUGUAAAACGACAGACCGCAUCAGAGAAAACUACUACCUGAAGCUAUAUUCCAUUGAGAAACAAGAUGUUCAAUAGCUUGCUAUAAAUAUGGGACAACUCUGGAAAAAGCUGCCCACUAGGAGGUAGUGGUCGAGGUUGCAAUGUGCCUUGCUCAGCGAGAACGUAGCACAGCUUAGCAAUACCGUGUAGGUCAACAAAAAGUGCCCCCCCCCCCUCCUCUUCCGAAGUUUGCUACUUUUUGUUUUUCAUUUCAAUCAGCGAAGUUGCACUGAAAAGUUCUAAAUGUAACUACAUAAAUAGGAGGGCCAAGUAUAGACGAUUCUUCCAGCUAAAGCAAUGGCUUGUUCAAGGUCGAAUUAACACAGCUGUGGCUUAAAGCAGUGCAUAAAUUUUAAUACUAUGUUUCGCUGCGUUGCCUGUUUCUUUAAGGAUAGACCAGGUGCAUGCAAUUGCCUGUUGUGGCGCAAAAAAAAAAAAAAAAAAGCAUUCGAGAAGGAGCAGUGGCGCCAUCUGUUAUCUACAGGCAAAACAAGCCCUCCACCAUGCUUUGGAAUUUGGAAUGACCGUUUCACUUGACACCCCAUUUGGUUACACACCAUGAAAAGUACACUGGACAUGUGCACCACUUGCAGGCCUCGCCAAUGCCGUCAAAAUACUGCGGGAGAACUAGCAACCGCCAUUAAGAGCAGCUUAAGAAUGAGGCAGCAUGUAGCAGCUACUUUGAUGGCUUCCUGCGGCUGGUGAAGAAAAGGGUUGAGAUGUACGAGUUGCCAGCUGCAGUAAUGUUGGUGCAGGUUGUGUUAAGGGGCUGCAGUAGCUGAAGGAGUGCAAAAAAAAAUGUUUUCAUUUGUUAUAUAUAAAGAGAGCAACUGUGGUCUCUAUCUAUGGAGCACUUCUUUGUGCGUGUAUGCAUGUAUGUGCAAGAGCUUGUAAUUGGUCAGCAAACAGACUGAGAAGUGAUGGGACAUCCAUGUGAAAUGUGCUAUUGAGGUUGCGUAACCAAGCAUUGGCAUGUUGGUUGUAUGGUGCACGACAUCCGCACCGUAAAAAAACUUGGCCAAAAUGUGUCCUGCAAACUAAAACGGGGACUGCGCGGUGCAUGCUCCAGCUAUGAUGACGAAGAUGCGUUUGUUCAGCGUGAAACAGUUGCGUUGAGGUCAGUGGAAGCUAUGUUAAAAGUGCAUCAAGAGAUAUGUUCCGCAUAGUUGCCACGGAUCAGGCAUGACCCGCUGGACUUGUGCAUGGUUAAUUCAGUUUGGAAUAGGUUUUAGUGCCUGUGAGAGGGGAAAUGGGACCGAUUGAAAGUAUGAUUUUUGCACUUUAUACAGCAGUAAGAAGUUUCUGGCAUGUCGGCUGGAAGAUGAAGCAGCGGUCAGUGUUUUGUUCACAUGGCUCUUUCCUGUAUCUCGGUUGGAAAAAAAAAAUUUAUAUGGAGCAGAUUGCUCUUGAUGCCUGCUACCAUGAAUUGCAGCUUCAAUAGUGAAUGUCUCGUGCACUUGUUUGGUCUUCCUAAAAUUGAAGUUUCCUGCCACGCAUUUGAAAGAAAACAAGGUUUCUAGCCAUUUGGCUGUUGGCACAGGCAUCAUUUUCACCUUGCCAAAGCAACCUUUCAUGCAUGUCUGCUGGCUGUUCUGAGAAACCUGGCAGUCUUGGUGGUCCGUUCUUUCUUUUCAUUUCUGAAAGCCUCGUGCAGUCUAGAUGCUUCCGUGCCCUUACCACAGCUGGCAACCUGGUGCUGCCAAAAGAUUGUGUCUGUUUGUGUUCCCAUCAUCGCACCUUCCUGUUUGUUGGGCCGCCAAAGAGAUGCAGUUGGGCAGAGUUCUUGUUAUGUUUGAUAGUGUGCCCAUGUGCUUUUUUUAUGUACGGGUCGUUCUUUGUGCAUAUUUGUACCACACUGUCGUUCAGUUUGGCUUUGUUGGGUAGGCUUUGAUGCUGCACUCUAACAGCUGAUGAUGGCCGAGCUGUGCUCUUAAUAGGUAACUGUACCUGUUGCAAUGCUGGUAGUUUCGUAGGAUUGGUGAGCAGUUGCAAAGCAAGACUGCCAUUAAUAGCCAUGUGUCGCAACACUUGGCAAAUGAUGGGCAAGCAUUUAGCAAGGAAAGCUUUGUUAUUAAUAACCCAUCACAGCACUUGUCAGCAAAUGAUUAAUGAGCAGGUGGAUAAAAAAUGCUUUGCCACUAGGAAUGAUGUAUCUUGCCACACUGAUGGCAAGCAAUCAAUAAGCAAGAAUGCCACUGAUAAUUAUGCCUGUUGCGAUGCUGGUAGUUGGUAGAUAAACAGACGGUCGGUGAGCAGUUACGAAGCAAGACUUUGCCACUGACAUCCAUGCAUUGCAACACUUGGCAAAUGAUUGGCGAACAGUCGAUAAGCAAGGCUUUGCCAUUAAUGAUAACACAUCACAGCACUGGUUGUCAGCAAAUGAUGGGUGAGUAGUUGGCAAGCAAGACUGUUGCCAGGAAUGGCAUAUGUUGCAACGCUAAUGGCGUCAACAAAUGUUGGCAAGCAGCCGUAAACAUUUUGCAAUUAAUAAGUCGCAGCACUGGCGGUCGACACGAUUUAGGAGCGGUUGGUAAGCAAGACAUUGCCACUAAUAACAAUGCACAUUGCAACCCUAGUAGGCGCCAAGCGAUUACCCAGCAGACGCUAGGCAAGGUUUUACCAUUGGUAAUUGUGUCUCGUUGCACUGGCAAUCAGCAAGUCAUUGGUGAGCAAUCGGCAAGCAAGGCAUUGCAGACAUUGCAACACUAGUAGGCGCCAAGUGAUUACCCAGCAGUCACUAAUCAAGGUUUUACCAUUGGUAAUUGCGUGUCGUUGCACUGGCAGUCGGCAAGUCAUCGGUGAGCAAUCGGCAAGCAAGGCAUUGCUGCUGAUAAUCGGAUUUCAGUUUAGUACUUGGCAAAUGACUGUCAAGCCUCUAGUAAGCAAAACUUUGCCUUAGAACAAUAGACGGCAAAGAGAAUAAGGAUUCCCGGUUUGAAGAUAGGUGCAGAAAACACAAGACAGUAGAGGAACAAGACUGACGAGCUUGUGCCAUUCUUCCCACUCCUGUAGCACCUGCAUUUUUUUUUCUGUGCCUACUUUUUCAAAUGGUUCGUCAGGACUUUGCUGUUGAUAAUGACGAAUGCCACUGCACCUGCAUCUUAUGUGUCUACUGGGAGCUGACCGAAAUGUGUAGAAUUGGUGCCUGCUGCCGUACUCUCUAUGCUUAAAGUGAUAGUGUCGCACUGUUGAUUCUCUGAAAUUUCAAGCCGGAAUUGUACUUGUGUGGAUGUUUGGCUCGUGUGACUUGCAUCUGGGCAAUGCAGUACAGUACAGUGAAAGGCUCUUUUAUGUUUGGCCAAGCUGCACUCAAAGCUUAGCCUCAGUUUGGAAUCUCAUUUUUGCAAACAGACUGGGAACAGGAAUGAUAUGUGGAAGUGAUGCCCAGGACUAUUUGAGGCUUUGUCUUUGGCUCUUUUCUUUUAAACAGCGCUGCGCACCAAGCAAUCUUGGAAGCCUGAAAUCUAAAUUUAACUGCCAAGUGUUUGUCAUUUUGGAACACCAGCAACUCCUGCCCUUGAAGGCAUUGUUGGAAGCCACACUUGCCCACAACUUGUACUGAUAGCAUUCCCUGCCGAUUAUAAUAGUUUUCAAACGUGAGGAUCAGCAUUGUUGCAGCUUUUCCAAUCUGAUGGCCUUGGAACUGGGGUUGUUCCAAUGUAGCUCGUGGGUUGGUUGGGAAAAGUCCUCGUGUGGAUGGUUGAUCUGAGCUGAGUCUGAGCUGGUUUUGUCUGGCUGCUGCCGCAUUGGAGGAGCACCUAUUUCCGGUGGAAAAUGGGCUAGCGCGAUAUGUGAAAUACAUACACUAAACAAACGCGAAAGCCUAUUUUGAUAACCGUACGAAUGAUGCUGAAAGUGUCUGCUCAUUCAGCAGUAUCUGCCUUUCCUUGAAAGCAGCGCCGAACACAGUUCGGCUUCGAAGACAAGGUGCCUGUCACUUGCUCACAAAGCAGUGAGAAAUAAACUUCUGACGUAGGUCUGUCUGCAGUCCCACCGCCGAGGGCAACGUGCUCAAUUAAUGCAUUGGACGUGCUGCCGACACAUUCGUUGGUCACUGUUUAGUUGCCUCCUCCUGUCCUUGCCAAGAUACUAUAUGCACUAUUUCUCGAUGCAACUUUUCCACAUGCCCUUCUUCCCUCGCCCCAUCUCUUGUUGGAAUUAUUCUUGUAUAUUUUGUAGCAUCACAGCCGGGCAACUUGUUUUGUCCUCGGCUGACUUCGAUAUGUUCUUGUUUGUUUGUUUUCACUUUGACAGCUGUGUACAGGCCGAUGUUAUGUCAUGCUUCUGUACAAAUACACGAGUGCUUGUCGGA